AUGGGUAAAAUUAGACGGAACGAAAGGAAGUACCACUUCGGUUGGCAAGUGAUCAGCAGUCUUGGAAAACUAAUUCCAUUGCUCUAUGCAAAGUCACAUGCUGUAACAUUUACAGUUUUGACACUUGUAUGUGCCAUAGGAAAUGAGGUUGCGGCUCAGAAAUCCGGCACAAUGACCGGUCGUUUUUACAAGUGUUUGCUCAAUAGGGAUAAAACAGCAUUUUGGAAUACUUUUGCCUUAGCAACGGGCAUAUAUGGCGGACAGUGUUUGUUACUCGCUGGGGUUUCACUGUUUUCAUGGUGUCUUUACUUAUGUUUUCGUAAAAAUCUUGUCAUAUCACUGCAUCGGUUGUACUUCGAUCACAACUUGUACUACACUCUAAAUGGCAUAGACGAUAAAGGAAUUGAUAAUUCUGAUCAGCGUAUAACCCAAGAUGUGGAAAGGCUAUGUAAAUUGCUAGCUACGAAAAUCACGCCAUCGUUAUUAAUAGCACCUCUUGUCAUAGGAUUCUACACUUUUAAAACCUGGCAGACGUGA